AUGACCUCCAAAACCAAUACCGCGGCUAAUAAUGAAGCCGACAGAGUCAAGGAUAUGGAGCCCCAAAUCUUUGAGGACGAGAACCCAGAGAAGCCCAUUCCAAGGAACACGGGCAAGAUCGACUACUCUGGGGCUCAGGAGAAGACUGAUCCCAAGGAAAUCGCUCUUGUGAAGAAGUUAGACAGAUGGAUCAUGCCGAUGCUAUGGUCCAUGUACUGGCUGAAUUACCUUGACCGCAAUGCCAUUGCUUUGGCUCGUCUCAACGAUCUCGAGAAAGACCUCAAUUUAACUGGUUCUCAGUACCAGACCUGUGUUUCGAUUCUCUUCGUCGGUUACAUUCUAGGACAGAUCCCUUCAAAUAUGUUCCUUACUCGAACCCGGCCUAGCCGCUAUAUGGGAAUCAUGAUGAUGCUCUGGGCUGUUGUUAGCGCUCUCACUGCAGUUUCCAAGGACUUCACCGGACUUCUCCUCACCCGGUUCUUUCUCGGAGUUACCGAAGCUCCAUACUAUCCCGGUGCUGUCUACUUGCUGAGUAUCUUCUACACCCGAAAAGAGGUUGCCACUCGCAUUGCUAUCCUCUACACCGGAAAUAUUCUCGCCACUGCCUUCGCCGGCCUGAUUGCUGCCGGGAUUUUCCACGGCAUGGAUGACCUCGCGGGCAUUGCAGGCUGGAAGUGGCUGUUCAUCCUCCAAGGUGCUGUUACGUUCGUCAUUGCAGUCAUCGGCUUCUUUCUACUUCCCGACUUCCCACAGACCACCAAGUGGUUGACACAGGAAGAACGUGACCUCGCCUACAACCGUAUGGAACUCGACACCGUUGCCAAUAAGGGCGAGACCAGCACCUGGAACGGUCUGCGUCAAGCUGCCAAAGACCCCAUGGUCUGGAUCUUCUGUGCGAUGGCCCACAUGCAUCUGGCUGCCAAUGGUUUCAAGAACUUUUUUCCAAGCGUUGUCAAGACACUCGGCUUCAACACAACCAUCACCCUCGUGCUCACCUGUCCCCCCUACCUCAUUGCUGGUGCGGUUACCAUUGCUGUGUCUUGGUCAUCAGGCAAGUUCAAUGAGCGCACAUGGCAUAUCACCGCGUCCAAAGCCGUCGCCGUUGUCGGUUUUAUUUCAGCCGCUGCCACAAUGAACUUGGCUGGUCGAUACGUCUCCAUGGUGAUCUUCACCAUCGGUACAUACGGAGUCAACUCGUUGAUCCUAGGUUGGUGCGGCAGUGUCUGUGGUCAAACAAAAGAGAAAAAGGCAGUGGCCAUCUCCAUGGUGACCAUGAUCAUGAACGUCAGCUUCAUUUGGACCCCAUAUCUUUGGCCCAGCAGCGACGAGCCUCGUUAUGUCAUCGCCAUGUCAAGCAGCGCCGCGUUCAGCAUUGCUACUGCUUUGCUGGCUUGGCUUGGAAAGAUCAUCUUGAAGAAGCGCAAUGAGAAGCUCAGGGCUUCCCCUGACGAGACCGCCGUCUUUUAUGUCUACUGA